CCUGCGUACAUCCAGAAGAUGGUCUUCAGAUUUUCGAGUUACUUUGUCGUUGCUUUUGUAACUGUUGUUGUAGGUAAGUCGCUUGAAUUUUUUCACUCUAAAUGAGAGACAUGACGAAGGGGUUUGUGAUGACGUGCAGCCUUGUUAUCGAAAGAAGGCUGCGGACGCAGUCUCACAAUGCAUUGUUUGUAGACGCAAGCAAUGCACUCUCCGCUUUGUUGCGGAAGUGACGGAUGAUUUAGCUGUAAUAUGGUCAGUUGACUCGUUGUUAGACUAUACAAAACAUCGAAGUCGGUUUGGAAGUCUGGGAAUUGAUACUUACAAUCAAAGCUCGUCCAUUCAUCGUAAAAUAGCCAUAUAUAACGAGGUCGUCGCACCUGCGUGACCGAAAUCUCGCAGUUGUAAUGAAACCUUUGUUUAUGGCAUUUAAUUACGUACGGCUUGUCAUUUUAUCUUUCACUUUUUACCGAAAGUAGAACAUUACCAAAUUGUCUUCUUUGGCUCAUUAUACAGACUAUCUUUAAAAUGUCAAACUUUGCUGUUCUUGUUCAUAUCAUAUGUAAAGCGUAUAUGGUUUAAGGCAUUGGUGAACCUUGGUACUACUACAGCAAUUCUAUUCGUAUAACAAAAACCAUUGAUCGUGAAUUCCCCUUAAAUACCAAUUUGUUUGUAUGCUUUUGCAUGAAUUAAAGGCAGUGUCGCGGUUGGGCAUGCGCAUAAACCACAUCAAUUCAAAGAAAUAUUUCAAUCGUCUGCUGUCUUGGAAACAUUUGGCUUAAAACGCAUCAAAACUGAUUGGUCUUAAAAGUAUUAAUUCUAGCACACAAAGGAAAUUUUUCCCGUGACAGCCAUAUUUUACAAAUGAAAUAGUGCGUUCAAAUGAAAUUUCACAUUUUUUUGUAUUUCUCUCCCUUAUCUUAAAAUAGCUUUCUAGCAACUACAAGUAUAGAAGCUCAUUAGAAAAAAUAAGUGCAAGAAAAAAAAUAUAAAACAAAGAAGGAAUGGAGAGAGGCACGAAAUUUAAAAAAACCAAAGUCAAUAUAAUGAAGUGUAAUGUGAUCUCGUAAAGGAGAAUUUUUAAUUAUUCUGACUGCCCUUUUUUUUUUUAAACUGAGAAGAUGAUAUGACGGAUUUUCGUAAUUAUUCACGCACACAAGACAACCAUACAUAAAGUAUGCUAGAUAAGUGGAUGCUAAUUAAGAUUUGAGCACAAAAUAAAUACUUUACCGACCUUUAUCAUUAUAUUAAUGCUUUUCUAAAGUCUAUCUCAAACAUAAUCAGUAUGGUAAUGCCAGCAUAGGUGGCUAUCAAUAUUAUACCUGAAUGCUUAAUGCAGAAUGCUCGCUCGAUAAUCUGAUCUGCUAAUAUAUCCAUCUCAUCAGACGUUUUAGUGUGCAGUAGCAUCGCUGAGUAUUUUUACGAGUGCUUAUUUUUCUGCUAAGUCUUUCUGUCCAUUUCUAGGAGGGCGGGAAAAGGAAAGCGAAUAGAGAAGCGUAGCGCGCGCAGCAGACUGGUUAAACAGGUUUUUUGUUUUAUAGUAUAAAAUAACCAACUGUCCAAAUAACCUUACAAUAUUGCAGGAUAUUUGUACUCUAUUCACGCGUUAUUUGUACUCUACUUUGAGCAGAUGGAUGAUAAUAAUGGGCUAGUAGCUGAUUAAAGUUAACUUUCUGUCGUGGAUAAAAGCCAAGGUGUUUCAUUUUCUUUGCACACUGUGUCUCAGGAGAUGAGCUGCAAAUAAACGUCUUGUAGUUUACCACAAAUUACUUUAUCACACAAAGACUAAUAUGUUAUGCGCGUUGCAGAUUUUAUUUUCACUACUUAGAAUUAUAUCCUCUCAUACUAACAACAUGAACCUCAAAAACCGUUUCGAUAACUUAUGUAAAAAAUUCAGAACAAAUUGCUUAAAUUAUCAGGCUCAGCGCAUUGUAACAGAACUCACAUUUUCCAAGAUGGGAGUUAUUUGGUGUGUACUUGUGUGUUCUACGCGUAGUUUCCUUUAUGAAUUUUGCACAAAUCUUCCUCUUCACAUAAAAUGGAAAUCAAUACGAACAGUAUUGUUACCCUUGUCUUUACUGGCAGCCUUCAAAGACUGCCUAGAGUUGCAUAGCGAGUUUUAUGGUAAAUCUUUCCAUUAAAGGUCGCUACAGUGGACUUCCGAUAAACAUACUCGCCUUCGUACGCAACCGCAACAACAAUCAUGAACAACACAUAUGAACGAAACUCUAAACGAAGCUUCAUCCGGCAAAGUAUUGAAAAAAUGAGAAAACGAAAAAAACGCUGUAUAUUCUGGAUCAUCUGCGGAUGGCAAAGAUUGAGAAUAGAACUCCACAACCAGUUCCGACGACGAAAUUUGGGAAAUUACCACCACUUUUUUAACAGUACACGUCACAGCGCAUGAGUCACCGUGACACUGUUCCUUUUAAGCACGAUGCAAAGAAAACAAACGGAAAUCGGCCGGAAGGAAAUGUGUGAUACACAAUAACAGUUUCAUUAACUAAUUUUUUCUAAAGAAUGUAUUGGUUGCUGUCACCUAAAUAUCUUAUUUAAAGACAAAUUUUACUUGAGAUCCAUGAUUCAAUUUAAAAUCAAUUUCAUUUUUGCGUCGUAUUGAAAGCAUUCAUAUCUUCUGGUGUCACACUAGGUGCUGACAAGUUAGAAUCCGCAGAAGAUUGAACUUGUCUUACUUCCGAGGUUAGCUCGGUGCUUAUUCUUUCUCUCUGGUCUACUCAUCCGCUGAUUUUGUGUAAAACUUUUCGAAGCUGUGGGAUCAAAUAAUUCGGAAAUCAAUCCUUCAAUUCAUGAUCAAUAUAAAUUGAACAAUAUUCUUGAGCCUUAAGAUAACGCCUGCUAUAACCUUCAUGGACAAGUACAUUGCAAUCUCUACUAUUUCUGUUAGAGUAAACCUCUCGACAUGAUUGUGUGAAAAAGUUUGAAAUUUUCAUUUUUCUUUUCUCGUGAGGGGCGAUUAAAUUGUACAUCGUUUUCAUCAGGCUUUCUACGCACUCAAAAACGAUGAAAUAGAAUUCGUUACAUCUGAGAAAGAGCUAAAAUGCUCUUCAAGUUUAAUGGGAUUCCUCGGAACAACGCUCAGUCCAAGGGUGGGAAAAUAAUGGCCUCUGGUGCCAUUUUCAAUUAGAAUAGCUAAGAACUAAAGCUCACAACAUUCUAUCUAAUUAUGCUGUGAGCCGAAGUAAUUAUCUAUUAUAAUCAAUGACCUUCCUAAAAUCUUAGUGUUCUCUUUCUGCAUUACAUAAACGAUUUCAGUCGCUUCAACAUUGACCUUUUUCGUACACCAAGUAAAAACUAGCAUAUAUUGUAAAGUAGUGAUAAAAAUUGCGUAAUCCUUUUUCAUUGCCCUAUCCAGGCAUUGGCAACAUCUUGUUUAGAUGAUGUAACCUCCCAUACCUGUCAGGAGAGUUUUCUUAUUUCACCUGCAUGUGAGAACAGUGUUAAUGAAUUUCAUGUAAAUGACGAAAAGGCAUGCAUUUGCUCAGUAUAUAACGCAACGUAUUUGGUCAUUUUGAAUUGUUUGUUGGAAGGCAUUCCUCGGCUUACACAAACCUACACAAAGCUGUAUGGAGGAUUCUUCUGAAGACGAAUCUGCAGUUUUAAUUUUUAAAUGAAUAAGAAAAGGUUGCCUUGUAUUUUUCCCUCUUCAGAGAUGCAAAGAUUCAGAAAACCAAAUACGUCAUUUGAUUGCAAGAAGUUUGAAAAAAGUUGGGUAUCGGACGCAAGUUAUCGAAAAUGGGCGAAGAACGUAGAUCAUUUUCAGUCAGUUAUAAUUAGUACAAAUAGCAUUAAGAUUUAUGUUUCAAGAAAGUAAGAAACUUUGUCUUCGUAAGGUGUGCACUAAUUAAACUUUAAAAAUAUUUGCAUUUGUACGUCUUCUUGAAUGGCAUUUCUGUGAUUUAUGUUCAAAGUUCAAAUGUACAAUACAUGAUGGGGUCCAAGAAUUUCUACAAAUUACUAAGUGAAAAAAGUACCAAAGUAAAACAAAGCAGUUAAUACCGAGCCCGCUGCAAUAUUAAAAACAUUGCCGACCGCAGGCUGCAAUAUUAAAAUUAUUGCAGUGCAGCAAGCGCUGUGCAAUAUCGAGCAUUCUAGUUCGUUUAUGAUUAUCCAUAGUAAUUUCCCUCCUGAUAAAAAGGACCGCCUCCGUUUUCUUCAAAAACUUGGACUGGAGUUUAUCUGUAUACCUUCUUAGGCUGAAAUUGCCGAUAUAAUGUAGAGAGAGCGAACAAUUAAUUUAAUGAGGUUCAGUAAUUAUCGGCCCCAAAGUUAACGAUUGCAUUUAUAUAGCACCCACAGAGACUGCGUCCUUAAAAAAAAAUGUAAGGAAUAUAUUAGCCAUAUGAACUAGUUUUUAGACCAUGAUCAAAUGUAAAGCAUCGUGAAAAGAGUAGGUAUUGUAGAUGCGUUUUCAUUUAAUAGACGCGCGCCCAGAAAAUGAGACAUCUGGAGUGGCACUGACAUGCUUUGUAUGUCUGCCUAACGUGAAAGUUCGUCGGACAAAAUCAGCUUCUUAAAUGACUUCUGUAUAUACUAUUUAAUUAAGAAUUGUUAAUUCAAGCUCAAAGUAGAUAAAGGUUUUUCAUCUUUAUUGAUGAAGAAAAUUAUCUUUGUAGUUGGUGAAGCACGUUAAAAUUUAGGUUUUUAUUAUGUUUGAGAUUGUUUAACAUGGACCAAGUAUCCUGACUCGGUAACUCGUGUUUGGAAUGGUACAACAGUUGCGUUAAAGUGGGAUUACAAUCUGACUACAGAAGAAAAGAAUGCUGCAAACAUUGCCAUUAACAGAGCAUGGGAUCGAGGCAACGAGUCACAUCGUGAGUUUGUUGCAGUGAAAAACUUUAUUUCUGGCCAGACAGUAGGUUAUGCUGAAGUCUUCGCACCACACAUCACUAUAAGUAGAUCAGAGGAAGCCACAUUGAUAAUUAAUGAGGUUGCAAAGGAAGAUGAAAGUGUUUACAAAUUCACAGUGCGCUUUCUGACGUUGGGUGAUCGUCACAUUUCACGAAACUUCAGCUUGGAAGUUAGAGGUAAGAUAACCGUUAAGGGAUGGUACUAUAUCUCUAUUUGAUAUUAUUGCUUGGAAGGCGCAUGUAAGGCCUCUCCGUGACAGCCAUGUGUUCAAAUUUACUCUUUGCUCGCGGAUGAUUGCGGAUGACUUCCUCAUUUUAAGAAAAAGGUAAUUAACUUACAAAUACAGGUAAGUUUUUCCAUGUCAGCAUUAGCGAAACCUUCACGUUGCUAACUUAGAACCUCUCUUAAAUAUUGAUGAUAGUAUCCAAUCGUUUCUUACCCACGGUAAUUUCAACUUCAAAUUCAGUCGACUCAUAUCCAAGUUUCAGUCGAUUCAAACCCAACGCACCCAAACCGCUGAUCGAUUCUUUCCCGUCCCUAUAAAAUAAAAAUUUCGAAUAUUUCGAAUCUUACAGCCGAAAGUACACCCCCACCUUUCUCAUUUCGAUCUUCGCGGUAGGCAACGUAGUUCAGUGGAAAUAGUUCCGCAUCAAGUAUAGUAUCAUUUAAGUGAGACUCUUAAGAGUAGGCUGAGAUUCCAAAAACGCCAAAACGCCGUCUUAUUUAUAAGCGAGCGUGCAUUUAAAAAAUACAGAACGGAUAAGCUGGGCCUCCCUGACAUCGAUAUAUGCAAGACACCGGUUGGAAGAAAUUACGCUUCAAACAAGAAUGCUCAGAACCAAAGAAGAAUCGCUGCCAUCUUAUAUGCCAGCUCGAGGUUCGUCUGUCGAAGUCAAAUGCCAUCAAAUACUCGAUGUAUCGUCGCUACUGCAAUAAUUACGACGUUCUUGGAUGCAAAAUUAGGAAAUAUAAACGAGGAAAAAGACAACACAGACAGCGUGGCUGCCAACCCCAUAGUCUUGUGAGUAAGAUACGAACAAAAUUCUUUUGUACUGACUUUUGACCUUAACAAAUAUCAACUAAAUUAUUGGCUUGCGCAAGGCAAGUGUGAUCUUUUUAAUAGAAAACUCCAUCGUUUAUACUCACACCACACUAUGAAUGAUGACUGAUGACAUGAGUCUUCAUUGGCCGUUUGAAGCGACGUUUUACAAAAUUACUUUUAGCCGGAGGCCGUUAAGAGAAGAAAGGGAAACAAGGCUUGCAACUUGAUGGCCGCCAGCCACGACCACUUCCACGCCAAAAUAUUGAAAAUUUCUCCCAACUGGCGAUGGUUAUUAAUCGAUGAGAUGUUGCUCUAUAUCUCCGCCGAAUUUGAGCUUUAUCCCUUCAACAUUUUCCGAAGAAAUCGAUCCUGAAAUUAUUAGUAUAGCUUUCUCAAUAUGACCGGUGCCAAACUCAGCGACCAAAGGAAUUCGAAGUGUGCUGGCCGUUUCAAAUUUAUCUUACAGUAGAGCAACUUCCCGUGGAAGCCCUCUGCGGUUCAAAACCAAGCACUGAUCUUGACGAAAGGCUAACGCUUGAAACGUUAGCUUUGAAACUCUUUCCGGUGGCCAAUUUGCGUUAUAAGCUCGUUGAUAAUACCAAAUUACUCUGAUUUCGAUCCGAAGUUAAGUUGCUCUUUUUUCAAGGUGGACUUAUCAAUUUCGUGCCCCAACAGAUUCCGGGUUGUUUUUAUUCGUCGGGUGAAGUUUUUUUUUUUGUUAAUGCUCAGAUAUAAGAGGGUCUCAAUGGGGUGAUGGCUUUUACGGCUAUUGGUUAAAAUUUUGGCCAAUUUCCGGCUAACGGUUAACACCUUUCCAUUGUUUCCACCAGAGAUAUUUUUGUCAAUUUUUACGUCUAACGGCUAAAUAUUUUGGCCGUUUUACGGCUAACGGUUAACCCCAUGGGGACCCUUAUAUAAUGUAUUUUCCUUCUAGAGGGAGGUAACUUGCUUACGUACUGUUGUGUUUUAUAAUUUUGAGAAACACUCGUAUUUCUUGACGACAGCACACUGUCUCUUUUCAGAAGGGGUUGAACGGGAUAUUGUUUAAAGUUUUCGCGAUGAUUUUAAACAGUGUUGAUAGUCUUAUCACGACUCCCACCAUGGCGUGAAUUUUGUAAACUUAGCUCUCACGGGUGAAUCCUUUGGAGAGUUUCCUCUCCGAAGAGCGAAGAAACUUUUUAUACUUUUUAAGGUUGAAGUUGAUUUCUAGUUAAAAGUCACUGGUCCAUCAUAUUUUCCAACUCUUUUUUAGCAAAUUUAACCUUUGAGUGAAUCGACACUCCCUCCCCAUGUUCACGCCAAAUGCACUGUAGUUUACGCUUAGUAGUCUCCGAGUCUUUUCUUGGUCUUCGUGGACGCCAGAACCUUAAUUAGCCUAUGUGUAACGCGCUCGUCAGUAUUAUAUCACGAUUAAAAUCUUUAACCCAUAGAGUUCCUGGCGUUAUAUAUUUAUUCCUCUUUUGAGUCAAGUAGCGUUAUGAGAAAGGUAUGUAGUUUAUUAACAUACCUUACUUCAAUGUUAGAUAACAUGAACUUUCAUAUCCUUUGUUUCAGAUGAAUUGUAGAAAAUGCAUGCAUACAUUGUUGUAUAGUUCAGUAUAUAAGGAUCUGUAUGGUUAAUUCUCUCAAUGUGCCAGUUCUCAUUUACAUCCAUAUUGUUCAUAAUAAUGAAUGACAAUAAUCAUCUUACGUACCAAUCAUCUUAUUAUUAUGGCAGUACAACCAACUCUUCAGUGUCCAAAGACAGUGAGAAUCACACAAGGAGAACAAGCCAUCAUUCCAUGCAUUGUCACUGGUGACCCAAAGCCAAACAUUACUUGGAGCAAGGAGCCACAAUCUGGGAAUGUUGUUUCUCAUAAUUCAACUUUGGUGAUUGACAAUGCACGCAUCUCUGACAGUGGAACAUACAAUGUCACCGCGAACAAUGGAAGGAGUAUAAGUGUUUUGGUGGAAUUAGACAUUCUGUGUAAGUAA